AUGUCCGCCGACCCUCGCCUGCGCGCGCGUCAACAGCAGCAGCCCGCACCCGUGCCUCCACCGCCGCCGCCGCCGCCCGCAGAGCCCCAGCCCAGCGUGGACGGGGCCAGCGAUACACCCACGCUCGCGCCCCGGACCCAGCCCACCGUCCCCGACGACCAAUUCAAGCUGAAAUUCUGCACCGUCUGCGCCAGCAACCAGAACCGCUCCAUGGAAGCCCACCUCCAACUCGCCUCCGCCAACCUCCCCACCAUCUCCUUCGGCACGGGCUCCCUCGUCCGCCUCCCCGGCCCCACCAUCACCCAACCCAACGUCUACCACUUCAACAGCACCACCUACCGCACCAUCCACGACGAACUCGCCGCCCAAAACACCGCCCUGUACACCCACAACGGCCUGCUCAACAUGCUCAGCCGCAACCUAAACAUCAAGCGCUUCCCCGAGCGCUUCCAGGACUGGGUCCCGGGGAGUCCGCGCCUGGAGCACGACACGGACCAGGGCUACGCGGGCACCGAGGCGGGCGUCGCGGAUGUUGUGUUCACGUGCGAGGAGCGCUGCUUCGACGCCGUACUCGAGGACCUGCACAAUAAAGGCGGGAAGCUGAAUCGGCCGGUGCAUGUGUUCAAUGUCGAUAUCAGGGAUAACCACGAGGAGGCGCUGGUUGGGGGCAAGGCGAUUCUGGAUCUCGCGCUGAGUUUGAACGAGGCUGCGGCGAAGGAACACGGGGUGCAUGGUGCGGGCGGGUGGGCGGCGGGCGGCGCCGCGCGCGAGGGGUUCGACGAGAAGGUGCCGGAGAUUCUGGCGAGUUGGCAGGAGAGGUGGCCGCAGAUGCCGGCGCUGUGGAGCGUUGCGUGGUUUUAG